GUUCCUGGGGGUAAUCACUUUGCCUUUCAUCAGGAUGAGUCCUGAGGCAGAAGCCUCAGCACCCAGCUCAGAGUUUCCUGAUGAGACUACGCACAAGGACGGGCUUCUGAAAAUCCUGACGCUAGAGAUCAAGCCAUGUUGAUUGCUUCACUUCCCAAGUCGAAAUCAAGAGAACUCAGGGCUGAGAAAACUGACCCGACCCAUCCCAUCUGGCUGCUGCCCCGGAACAGCCGCUCUCCGCGCCGCCCAGGACCUGAGCUUCGGCCAAACAGCGCUUCUUCACCACGUGACCGCCGCAGUUCCAUGGACCAAAGACAGAGAAGAAUCCUGGACCAGUCCCUUUCCAUCCCCACUGCCCAGCCCAAGAAGGAAAGGACAUCGGUGAUAGCUUUCUUUUCCAAGGUCUCUUGGAAACUGAGACUCCAGAAGCGGGAGCCUCUGAAGAAUGUGUUUUUCAGCUUGGCAGAGAGAGCCUGGGACCCCAGUGUUCAAAAUCAUCAUAUGGCAAUGAGAGGCCUGGGAACUAUGGCCUGUGAGACCCCGGACAAGGUGAGAAAGUAUAAAAUGAUUGUCCUGGACCUGCUGGUGCAUGGACUGUAUGACCCCGUGAGUUCUGAAGUCAUCCACGAGAGCCUGAAGACCCUGAGUGUCAUCCUGGGCAAGACCCGGGGGAAAGGCUUGGGCUUCUUCUUCAUAGACGUCACCCUUCGGACCAGGACUUUGUUAGAUGAUGAGAAUGACAGCCUGAGAUACUCGGCCUUUGUCUUGUUUGGGCAACUGGCUGCCUUUGCUGGGCGGAAAUGGAAGAGAUUUUUCACCAGUCAAGUGAAGCAGACUCAGGAUUCUCUCCUGACCCAUUUACAGGAUAGGAACCCCCAGGUUGCCAAGGCUUGCAAAACAACUUUUCAAGCCUGUUCUCCGUAUCUGAGACAAAGGAAGGACUACAGCUUCCAGAGUGAAGAGGAUCAAAGGAACCCUAAACUAUGCCGGCAGCUGAGCCACUAUCAUCCAGAGCUCCUGCAGUUCUUCUAUGCAAAUAAAAUCUUGUAAACACAGAGCAGCAGGGAAAUGGUUCCAGUGAACACAUUGUUGGGGGCUGAUAUUCUCCCUUUUAACUCUUUGGAUGCUUCUGCUGCUUCUUGUGAUUAUGAUAGAAAAGGGGAUGUUGGGAAAGCAAUUGAUGGCAAAAAAUAAUACUGUGGAAUUGUAUAAUUACACCCAAAG